AUGGCGGGGGUAGUGCGUCGAAUUUUUGCAAAUCUCCCCCGAAUUAACACGUGUAACUACGUAAAAACCCCCCUUUUGUCUAUUCUACCAAGCGUUACUUCGAAAUUUUACUCAAACGUGCCCACGCCGUAUGAAAUAGUGGACGCACAAGAAGACCGCAAAACCUACCAAGGCGUUAUUGAUAAUGUUAACCGACAAGUGGCGGAAAAAAAACAGGGGCGCCUGUUUGCGGUGGUCCACGUGGCCGGGAAACAAGUCAAAAUAACAGAAGGGGAUGUCUUCAUAGUGGAGGGUUAUUGGCCCCCAGAUGCUGGCGAUAAAAUUAGCCUUGACAAGGUUUUACUAGUUGGGGCUAGUGAUUUUACGCUGAUUGGGCGCCCUCUUGUCCAGAGGGGCCUUGUGAGGGUGGAGGCUACUGUCAUUGAGAAGAAUGUCUCGCACACCAAAACUCACUUCAGGAAGAAGAGGAGGAAACAGUACAUGAGGAUUAAUUUUUAUAGGACGCCUAGGACCAUGGUUAGAGUCAAUAGGAUUGAAAUAGUGGGUGAGGUGAAUCACCCGCCUGCUGUGACGGGCUUAGAGACGCGCAUUUUUUAAAUUAAUAUGAUUUAUUUACUAAAAUACACAGCAUUACAAACUGAACACAGUUAUAUCAUGGAUAUAGUCGGUAGUAGGUAAAAAAUUGUAUAAAAAAAUUGAUACAAAUCCUAGUCGUACAGGCGUUUCGUGUUUUUCUUUUGGAAUAAAAAGUAACGGAAA